ACAGUAUCAAAUUGCUACUUAUUUUGACUCUAGAAGUUUACAGAAAAGUUACUACAGCAACUACAAACAUAGUUCUACAGUCAUGAUUCAACCAGAAGCAUGGUCCAAAAAUAACGAUAUUUGCUGUAAGUCGAGCAGAUUUUACAUGGAUAAGUACAAAAAUUUAUUCAAUUGGAAAAACGAUGAAUCUAUAUUGGAAUUUGGCAUGGGAGACGGCAGAAAUUCUAUGGAGUCAUUAUGGCCAUAUUUACCAAUGAAUUUCAAGGAGUACAUCGGCACUGAUGUAUCAGAAAUCAUGGUCGAAUAUGCUAGUAAACAAGCGACGAACGACAGAAUGAAAUUCAUGUCGUUAGAUAUUGCCUGUCCGAAUAUGCCAAAGGAGUACAUAAAUAGGUUCGAUCAUAUCUUCUCGUUUUUUGUCAUGCAUUGGGUACAAAAUUCAAGACAAGCGUUCUCGAAUAUGUAUAAUAUGCUGAAACCUGGAGGAGAAUUAUUUUUAUUUUUUGUUGAGAGAACUUCAGCUGACGAAGUCUACGAUUCCUUAUCUAAACAUCCCAAAUGGAGAAAAUAUGACCACGAGAGACUUAUAUCGCCCUUCCAUUUCAGUACAAAUGCACAGAAAGAGUACGAAAAAAUUCUGUGUGAAACGGGAUUCUCAGAUUAUUCUUUGGAACUGAAAAAAUGGAGUUACGCUUUUCCCAGUGAGAAAUCUUUCGAAGAACUGUUCUUCAGUACGAAUCCUAUUAUUGCGGAAGUUGCCGAGCAAGAUCGCGAAGAAUAUAAGAGAUUCUACAUGGAAAAAAUGAAGAACGGCAGUUUGAAUUGGGCUAGCAAAUGCGAUGAAACAGGAAAAAAAAUCUUCCAUACCAGCUUCAAAGCGUUUGUUGUUUUUGCGAAAAAACCACUCAAGAAUGCUGACUGAUUCAUGUAAACUUGUCAAGGAAAAUCUAUCGUUGUUAUAAUAUACUUGGGGCCUGUAGUUUCAAUAAAUUUGUAUGAUUAAUCAA